AUGACCAUGAGUUCGUUUUUGAUAAACUCCAACUACAUCGAGCCCAAAUUCCCUCCCUGCGAGGAGUACACGCAGCACAGCGGCAGCGCCGGCAGCUCCGCCAGCUACCACCCGCACCACCCGCACCCGCACGCCCCGCCGCCGCCGCCGCCGCCGCACCUGCACGCCGCGCACCCGGGCCCGCCGCUGCCCGAGUACUUUCCGCGGCCGCGCCGCGAGCCCGGCUACCAGGCUCCGGCCGCGCCGCCGGGGCCGCCGCCGCCGCCCGAGGCGCUCUACCCCGGGCAGGCACCCUCCUACCCCCAGGCGCCCUACAGCUACAGCGGCGCCGGCAGCGCCGCCCCGGGCCCCGAGCAGCCUCCCCCGGGCGCCUCGCCGCCGCCGCCGCCCGCCAAGGGCCACCCCGGGCCGGGCCAGCCCCUGCUGCCAGGCCAUGCCCUGCAGCGCCGCUGCGAAGCGGCCCCCGCCGCCGGGGCCGGCACCGGGCCCGGCUGCCCGCUGCUGCCCGACAAGAGCCUGCCCGGCCUCAAGGGCAAGGAGCCCGUGGUCUACCCCUGGAUGAAGAAGAUCCAUGUGAGCACGGUCAAUCCCAAUUACAACGGAGGGGAGCCCAAGAGGUCUCGCACUGCCUACACCAGACAGCAGGUCCUGGAGCUGGAGAAGGAGUUUCACUUUAACCGGUACCUGACCAGGAGGCGACGCAUCGAGAUCGCGCACACCCUCUGCCUCUCCGAGCGCCAGGUCAAGAUCUGGUUUCAGAACAGGCGCAUGAAAUGGAAGAAAGACCAUAAACUGCCUAACACCAAGAUGCGCUCCUCAAACCAGUCCACACUGAGCCAGCAAUCCAAAGCACAGACACAGGGCCACCCCCAUCCCCUCGAUGGGGCUACACCCAACGCAGCUGCGCUAUAAAUAUUACGUUCUUUUUAAUAUAUAUAUAUAUAUAUAUAUAUAUUUACCUAUCUAUUGGGGUUUUCCAGCUGCCCGAGCUGGUGGCUGGCCAUUUGGACCAAAUAACUCUGUAAAACAAAACAGAACAGAAGCAGAAAAGGAAGAAGAGACGUGCCCAAGAACGGGUACAUGUUGAAACCAAAACCCGGACGAUUGUCUGCGUUGUAUAUAGAUAAUGGUUCCAUGCCCAUCAUUUUUUUUCUAUUUAUGGAAACACUCUGUUGCCCUCGGUGUACCAGAGUGCUGGAAACUGUCACGGACGAAUUCUCUGUAC